AUGACGCUCAAGCGGCCCAAGAAUCCAGUGGACAUCGAGCGCAUGUUCCGCGAGCUCAUGGAUCGGCGGGACUUCCGCUCGCUCCCGCCUGCGGCCCGACAAGAGAUGUUGAGUUACGGUGUGGACAAGAAGUGGAUGUUGAUCUACCAGGACGCACUCAGUGAACACAACAAGCUGCAGAAGAAGAGCAAUGCUACGCCAGAGUUCUACACGCGCCAGCUCGUGGCCAAGUCCAUUUCCUCUCUGGAAUUGGAGAACCUCUGGGUCCUGCUCCGCACUGAGCCCAUCGACUGGGUCCGCCAGUUCAUUUUCGACUACCAGGGCGAUGUCGCGCUCUCACUGUAUCUCAUCAAGGUCCACGACCAGAUCAGCGACCUGGACAUCCAGCAGAUUCUGGACGACAUCUUCAACAAGGAGUUGAAUGCCUUGAAAUGUCUUCGCUGUAUGAUGAACCAAAAACUUGGUGCGGAACGCGCGAAGUCCGAUGACUCCUUGUACGUCAAUGCCAUCACAAGCGCCUUACUAUCGCCGCGAUUAGCCACGAGGAAAAUAGCUGCGGAGACGUUGACCUUCAUGAUCGUCUACUAUUGCAAAACGGGGUCAGCUGACACGCUGGCAAAAUACCACAGAAUUCUCCGUGCUAUGGACUCCCUUGCGCUGAAGCCCUAUUACGAAUUUGUUUUCUCUUCCCUGUCGAAGCGUAACUUGCAGCGCAAGCCGCCCUCGCCAGACAAAUGCCCUCGUUUCGAAUUGUGGAUACGGCUUGUGGAGCGCACCAUCGAUGGCAAAGGCAAGUACAAAAACUCGUUGGUUGGUGCCAGCGAUGAGCUCAAGUUUGCCAUGUAUGGAACAAACUCAUCCACUGUCAGCUCAUCAUACGUUGAAAACCAACUUCUAGAGUACUGCUUAAGUUCGAUGCUUCUUGUAAAUACAAUUGUCGAGUACGGGCUGGAUUUCAGAGUGCGAAUGACUCUACGCUCGCAAUUUGGAGCUGCCGGACUUGAAGAGCUCAUUUAUAAGUUCAAGGAUUUGAGCUACGAGAACUUGUCGAAACAAUGUGACAGGUAUUCAGAAAUGGCCGAGGCUGACAAAUUGGAGUUCAAGACAGCCGAACAAAUUGACCAAAACCUAGAUUUCAACAAUCCAGUUGACUUGGUUCUGUCAAUAUGGAAAAACGUCCAAGACAACGAAGCGCAAGGCUUUUUCUUAAGUGCGAUGCAGCAUUUGUAUCUCAACCAAAUUGACAAAAAAGAUGACCCUUCCGAAUCCGCGAGAAGCUUGAGGCUUCUUGAUGGUAUAAUACAGAAUGUUUCAACUGCGCAUACCACGAAUGACGAUUCUGCCGUCGGUAUCGCUAUGAAUAGGUUGUUUCAAAGCUUGCACACCGAUGAUAUGUACAGAAGUGCUCUCAGUGAGAUCAAAACAUACAAAAAGAUAGCCGAGGAAGCUCUUGCAGAACGGGAUGAUAUUUCCCGACAGUUGUCCAUGGGAUCCGAGGGUGUCAUUGCAAGCUUAAACAAUGAGGUCAAGGAGCAAGAAAUAAUCAUGAGAAGAACACGGAAACUCAACCAGGAACUCCAGAAAGAAUUGGAAGACGCGAAAAGAAAAAAUUUGAUUGACAAACAAGAGCAAGAAGCAGAAAUGAGAGAGCUCUUGAUUAUGAUCAAUAGUGGCGAUCUUCAAUCUAAGAAGGGCAACGGCAAAACCACCAUCUCAUUGAACACAACCAACGAGGAUUUGGUCAACAAAUUACGCAAACAAAUUCAUAGAAAGAAAGCCGAACUUCGUUUGGAUAACAAACUGCUUGGUAGCAAUAUCGAGCCUUCAUCAAGAUUAAGGGCCUUGAGGGACCAAAUGAAUGAUAUUGAAACCUUAGCUCGUGAGCUAGAGAUGACUGACUUCGAAACUUACACCCUUCCAACUUCGCCAAAACUUGAAGCAUCAGAUCUAAAUAGAUCUGAAGACAGCAUAUCGAACAUUGAAGAUCCUAAUGAUAUUUACGAAGAAACCACAAACGAUGAAGAUGAAGUUUUUGAAGAUACUAUCGAGGAGCCAAUUGCCAUGGGUCCCAAGCGUGGUGUUCGAGAUGAUGAUGUGGGCAAACUCUCGAAGUUAAGAAAGCAACUUGCAUCUUUACAAAGCGAAUCUAAUGACAUCAUGAAGUUCAAUAAUAGCAGUCUUUUCACAAAACAAAAAUACUUAGCUAUGGAACGUUUGAGAGAGCUUGAGAUGAAUUUCAAAGAUUUUAACAUCGACUUUGAUAUCACUGAAGAGAACACUGCACUGCUCAGUGGGUUGGCGGACUCGACAAUGAAAUCAAAACUUCAAGAAGAGCUUCAAGAAGUUGAACGUCUCAAGCAAGACUUGCGCUCAAAGUUGAAUGCUCUUGAUGAGAAACCGGUAAAGAAAAGAGCUUCAAGGGCGAUAUCCCCUGACCCAUUGAGCAAACUCGAGAAUAAAUAUGCACAAGGUCAAGUGAAGAUGAAGGAGGAUGUGACCAGGCCUCUGACUACUCCGAACAAGGAUCAUCGGUCAAAUCGAUUGUCUACAAUCAGCUCUAUGGACCCUAAGUUUUUGAAAGAGUUAUCGACGAAGGUCAAAAAGGCAGAAGCAAUUGCAGAAUCAGAAGAAGAUGACGAAGAUGAAGAAAGUGCUGAUCUGGGUAAUGUGCCGCCGCCACCACCACCACCGCCAUUUCCGCAGGCACUUUUAAAAUCAGGAACACCAUCUUCUCCUCCACCACCACCACCACCACCGCCUCUUCCUUCGGCUUUGGGUAGGUCUUCCACGUCACCUCCACCUCCCCCUCCACUCCCGUCAACUUUUGGUGUUGCACCACCGCCACCCCCACCCCCAUUACCAUCAGCUCUGAGUAACAGUAUGAGUUCACCUUCACCGCCACCGCCGCCACCGCCACCAUUUCCAGUUAUGUCAAAAGCUGCCGUGUCACCAAUACUACCUGUGUUGGAGCAAGGACCGUUCGAUAAUUUCCCAAGACCAAAGAAAAAAUUGAAGCAAUUGCAUUGGGAGAAGGUCGAGGCAGUGGACCAUUCAUCGAACUCUUUCUGGAAUAAUUCAGAGCCGCACUCUAUCGCCACUGAUUUGAUGGACAAAGGGGUUUUGGAUGAGAUUGAGACCAUUUUUGCUGCAAGAGAAAUAAAGAAGUUGGCUACGAAGAAGAAAGAAGAAAUCGACAAAGUUUCUUUCUUGGCAAGAGACGUGGCACAGCAAUUUGGAAUCAACUUGCAUUUCUUCAAUUCUCUAACUGAUGUUGAAGUUGUAAGGAAGGUUUUAAGAUGUGAUAAAGAUGUCAUGGAGAAUGCAGCAGUUUUGGAGUUUCUUGCAAAGGAAGAAAUCGUGGAGGUACCCAACAGCUUAGCUAUAAGUUUGCAACCAUACUCGACUAACUAUGAUGCCGACGAGAUUUCCAAACCCGAGAAGGAUCCAAAUGAAUUGCAAAGACCAGACAGAAUCUAUUUGGAGUUAAUUUACAAUUUGCUGCAUUACUGGAAAUCGAGAAUCAGGGCUUUAAAAACCAUUUCGAGUUACGAAAAAGACUAUGAAGACUUGGUAAAAAAGUUGAGAUCCAUUGACGCUGCAGUGAGCAGUAUUAAGCAAUCAAAACAUCUACGCAGUGUUUUCGACAUUAUUCUUGCAGUCGGAAACUACAUGAAUGACACAUCCAAGCAAGCUAAAGGCUUUAAACUUGGGUCCCUUCAAAGAUUGGGGUUUGUCAAGGAUGACAAAAAUAGCAUGUCAUUUUUACACUACGUCGAGAAGACGAUCAGAACUAAUUAUCCUGAGCUUUUGGGUUUUUUGGAAGAACUUUCAGUGUGCGCCGAAGUUGCAAAGUACAGUAUUGAAGUGAUAUCUAUGGAUACAAAAGAGUAUGCACAACUGAUCAAGAAUGUCCAAAGCUCUAUUGAUAUCGGCAACUUGAGUGAUGUAUCCAAAUUCCACCCGCAAGAUCGUGUCUUGAAAUUGGUGACACCAAUAUUGCCUAAAGCAAAGAAAAAGGCAGAAAUGCUCUUGGACCAGGCAAAUUAUACACUCAAAGAGUUUGAUAAGUUGAUGCUUUAUUUUGGGGAAGACCCAACAGAUUCUUUUGUCCGCAAUGCAUUCAUCAGUAAGUUCACGAAUUUUAUGACAGACUUCAAGAAGGCGCAAAGGGAAAACAUGAAGCGUGAAGAUGAGUUGAAGGUUUAUGAGCAAAGGAAAAGGUUACUUGAGGUUUCCAGCAAACAAGAGGCAUCGAAACAAGAAAACUCGGAUUCCGAUACAGAACGAAAUGUCAUGGAUUCUUUGCUUGAGAAGUUGAAAGCCGCAGGUUCAGAACGUGGCGAGCCGACUCUGGCAAGAAAGAGAGCAUUGAUGAGAAGGCAUAUUUUGGAAAAUGGAAAAAACAGGGAGAACGCAUCUCUGCAAGACAAUAGUCCAAGAAAAGCAGGCAAUGAAGAAAUUAUAGAUCUAACUGAUGCUGACGAUGAUGUCGGUGCGAGAGCUAGGAAUCUACUACAGGAGUUUCGAAAGGGAGAUUCCACGGAAAUUAUCACACCUGAGGCAGGCCGGGCUAGCCGCGCGGCGGAGUUCAGGCAACAGAGGAACAGAAAAAAGUUUGGGCAACCUAUUGCAGAUGCUGAACCUGAUCGGCAGAUGGAAAGAACGCCCUCGAAUAACUCGUCUGAGGGUGGUGAGUAG